UGACGCGCGCGCGAGGAAGAUAAAUAUAGCAGUAUCACUUACGUGCAGUUCUACCCCACACUCCCCAUCCACUAGAGCUUCAGUCCGGAACCUCUGUUCACCUGUCGAUUGUUUCUUUUCCUUGUGGUGCCAGUGCGUUGACCUCCCUUGACCCGACAGCAAAGCACGAGCUUCCAGUGCCCGCUGCCCACAACACAUCCUGCCACGGAGGAUGUGACAACCCCCCCCCCCCCCCCCCCCAAGCGCCGCUUCCUUCAGGCGAUGUCCGAGGUCGACUUGGUCACGGGGGUAUGAAGAUGAUGAUGACUCCUCGGGGCAUGAGAGCGGGCGAGCGAUGCCCUUAGACUCCCCCUACAGGAACCCCGGGAGGUGGCGGGCUGUCGCGAACCAUCAGGAGAACCGCCACGGCACAGCGGGUUGUCUGCUAUCCCUCGUACUGCUUGCCCCUCUACUGACGCCCGCGUGUGGUGUGGGCGUGGUGCUGGUGGCCGUCCUGAUCUACAGCUGCGUGGUGGUGCCCGCCCUCGCGAACUACUACUCUUUCUCCCGCCUUCUUCUCCGCUCGAUCAAAUUCUUGGGCCAUGGCGGGGGUUCGUUGGGAUCAGGACUGUACACGGGUCUGGCAUCCAAACUCGCUCAGGCACUCACAGCCGCGUGUCACUAUGCGGCUGGGGUUCUUAGGGUCACGCUGCAGUGCCUCCUGCUGGUGCUCCUCCUCCCCUUCACCUUCGUCAGGACGUUCGUGCCGCUGGUCCACAACUUCUACUUGUCCUUCGAAGCGUUCAGGGUCACCUCUAACCAAAUGGUGUUCUUCGUCCUGGCGGAACACGCGAUGACGCCCAAGCCCCAGCAGGCAGCUCUCUACUUUCUCUUCUUCUACACCGUCCUUAUCUACUUACACAAGACCCUCUUCAGACGUCAGUGGGGGCAGACCCUCAACUCAACGAACCUUCGAGAUUUCCUGAGGCUAACGGCUUGGUACAUGGCUGUGCGACUGGGCAAAGGAGUAGCGCUGUCGUUCAUCCUGGUUAUGUUCACCGUGGAAUUCCGUCACGGUGAACCACAGCUGUCUUACAUCGCUGCGACCUUCGUGUAUUUCUCAAUCACGCAGCACAAGUGGACGGGCAACGAGCGGGUCGUCGCGUGGCUGAGGAGCCUGAGUCUGGAGUUCUUCGAGGAGGAGGAGGAGCUGUGGGUGCCACUGAGCUUCAAGGCGGGCACCGUGCUGGCUUCUGUGGCUGUGGCGGCGCCCCUGGCUUCCACCUGGCCGACGCUCUGCGCUGUGGCCGCCUACACCAACGUCCUGGCCCCCGUGAUCCUCCUGAGGGCGCAGUUCGAGACGCAGCACCAGACGAUCCUCAACAAGUAUCGGCGAGCGACGAAGGAGGAGAUUUCAGCCCACUCGACGUGCCCGGUGUGUCUGGAGACGCUGAAAGUGGCCAGAGCAACCCCAUGCAACCAUCUGUACCAUGCCACCUGCCUCAGACGCUGCCUGGAGCUCUCCCCGCUCUGUCCCAUGUGUAAACAAACCAUCCUGUGAUAGCGUUGCAGUGUUUGUAAACAGGCAGUUUUCACAAGGCUAGCCCGACAUGACAUGGGUGCAAAGACAUAUUUAAAAGAAGGACUACGGACGUAUUUUUUUUCCUUUUAUUUAUUAUUAUUAUUAUUUUUUUUUUUUGUGGGAGGGGGUGGGUGGGUGUCAUUAGCGGUUGCUUUGUUGAACGCGGCGUCUGUGAAGAUUUGUUUUGAUAAUGUCAAAUCUUUGGUGACUUAUGUGUCAAUAUUGAUGUGCCUUAUUAUGUUGUUGUUGAUAAUGUAAAUAAAAUAUCUAUAUUUAUGCCUUCUGUCCGUUAAUAAAGAGUGAUAUAUA